GCCUAUAUUUUAUGGGUUAUGUUCUCUACGAAGUGCGCAUUAUAAUUAUAGCAGCCAUCGGAUUCUAUUUUAUUUGUUACAGUGAAUUUUUGACUUAAAUAAUUCCAUGUCUGGAAUGAUAACUCGAGCAAGAGCCUUCUCGACGCGAGCGUUGAAGGUAGUCAAUAAUGCUGCUAAGCAACAGUUUGUUGUGACUUUACAAAGCGCAGAAGCAACGGUUAGUUAUGAUAAAAAAGACGGUCAAAUAACAUUUAUCCACACAAAUGUGCCCAAAGAAUUCCAAGGAAAAGGCGUUGGAAAACUAUUAGCUCAGCAUGUUUUUAGCUAUGCAUUGGACAACACCUUGAAUGUAAUAUGCAAAUGUCACUUUCUUGCUAAGUUUUAUGAAGAUAACUUAGACAAAUUCACAAACCUUCAAGUAAAACUAGAUUUAGAUUAAUACAAUGGAUGUAAUGUGGUAUAGAUGUAACAUACAUUAUUAUUUACGUGAAAAAUGUUAUGGAAAAGCUAAAAAAAUUGCCAGGGAAGCUUCAUUGCAAUAUGGUGAUAAUACAGAAUUUUUAUUUUAUCAUGGAUUAUCUAAUAUUUUGGAAGGACAAGUACAACAGGGUAUAAAUGAGUUAACACCAUUACAAUCAAAUAAAGAUUUACAGUUUGCCAUUGUAAUGGCCCUUAUUUACAGUUACAAAAUGCUCAAUAGUUCCGAUAGAGAUGAUUUGUAUAACCUAGAAUCUAAAUUGAAAGAAGAACGAAAAUUAGCAAGUGGUCCAUCAUUCUAUUACGCAGGUUUAUUUUUAUCACUCGCUGAGAAACAUGAAAAGGCAUCUGAAUAUAUAAAUAAAUCACUAAGAAAAGAUGCUAAUAACUUGGAAACAAUAAUUUUAAAAGGUUGGAAUGAUAUGUACCUAAAUAUUGGAGACAUUCAAACUUCGAUUUCAGACUGCCUAGAGUUAGCAGUACAAAAAAGUGAUAAGAGUGUUGAAGCUCCUUUAGGUUUGGCAAAAUUUAAAUAUUUUACAAGAGAUUAUGAUGCAUCUAAUCUAUUGCUAGACAAACUUAUAGUUAACAAUCCUGGCCAAGUGGUACCAAUAAUUGAAAAAUUAAAAAACGAAUUUGCCGCUCAGAAAUGGGAUGCGGUAUAUGAUGCUCUGGAGAGAGUUCUAUCUUUAGAACCUGCUAAUAUUGAAGCAUUAAAAAUAAAAAUAUUUCUUGCACUCUGCAAAAAUUCAGACUAUAUUGAGGCAGUUGACCAGCUAAACAAAUUCUUUACUCUCCUAGAGAAUGAAGAACCCAAUAAUGGCUUUCAAUUUUACAAUACAGCACAGAUAUUUUCUAGAGUCUGUGGAAGAUCUAGUACAGUACUUUCUCAAGUAUACCGAUUUGCUCAAUGUGCUUCAGAAAUGUAUUCAAACAAUGUUGAUUACUUAAGUGAAAUUGGCUAUCAAUGUAUUCUACAAGGUAAAUAUAAGGAUUCCUUAAAUUUUUUUAAAGCAGCUAGUAAAAUUGAUAGCAAUUCUAUAGCUGCUUUAUGUGGAUUAACAAUAUGUCAAAUGUUUGAAAAUGGUCCAACUGACCAAAUUGCUCAACAAAUUGAGCUUUUGUAUGAAAUGCAAGGGAUGCAAAAGUUUCCGAUUUUAUAUUUGCUAUCAGCACAAUUAAAUGUUAAGAAUCCGAAUGCUGUUAACUUUUUAAAUAAAGCAAUAGAUGCUCAAAUGACACUGGCUGAUAGCUAUCCAUAUGGUUUAAUGUACAUAAAAAAUCUCGAUCCAGAUUUUCUUUUAGAGGCUUAUAAAGAAUACAAGAAACAUUUACCUAAAAAACCUUUCGUCAUAGUUGGCUAUUUACUUUAUUCUCAAGAAGGAAACAAUGCCUUAGUGACCGAUUGCAUAAGAUUUUUGACUACAAUAUGCAAAUCAUGUCCUGGAUUAAUAACAGCAUUGUAUGAACUGGCAAAGCUUAAAUUCUUAUUCGGUUAUUCCAGUGAAGCCCAAAUCUUGGCUCAGCAAAUUGUUGACCUUGAAAAUACACAUGCAGGAAGUCAAAUAUUAAUAGCUCAAAUAUACAUACAAAAUGGUGCUUUCGUAAAAGCAGCACAGAGCUUAGAAAUGUGUCUUAGCUAUAAUUUUAAAAUUCGAGAUAGUGCUAUGUACCAUUUCCUUAAUGGUAUUAUUUUGAUGAAUAUGAAUGAAUUGCAAGAAGCAUUGUCAAGCUUUAAUACAAGUCUGCAGAUAUUAAACGGGAAAAAUAGUAUAAACAGGCAACAUGAAUCGGAUCUAAAUAUAAUUGAUAAAGCUACUUUAUAUUUGCAAAUAAUUGAAUUACAAACAACUUUAGGACAACUUGGUGAAGCGGGGAAAACCAUGCAGGAAGCAAUACAAGAAAUUUCAUAUACAUCAGAAGAGAGUCGUUUAUUAAUAGCUCGUUCAGACUUAGCUUUAAAAAAAGGUGAUGUUGAUAAUGCAAUUGACAUUCUCAAUGAAGUGAAACCAGAACAACCUUACUACUUCCAAGCUCACAGUAAAAUGGCACACAUUUAUCUAAAAGAGAAAAACGAUAGAGCCAUGUUCACAUCUUGUUUCAAGGACAUUGUUAGCAACCACCCAAUGGCAGAUGCUCAUAGCAUGAUGGGUGAUUCUUUUAUGUCGAUCCAUGAACCUGUUCAAGCAGCUGAAUCGUAUGAAACAGCACUCAAAGGUAAUCCUAAAGACAUUAAUUUGAUAAAAAAGUUGGGACUAGCUUUAGUGAAAAUGCACGAAUAUGAUAAAGCAACACAACACUAUGAAAAUGCCAUCAAACUGUUGAACGAUGAUGAACUUAAAUUUGAAUAUUUAGAACUUCUCAUCAAGCUAAAGCAGUACGAUAAAGUCGAUUUAACGAUAUCAUCUGAAUUAAACCAGUUAUAUAACAAAGAGAAAGACAUAGCAACUUUGAAAAGACGCAUUCGCCUGCUCCUGACUCAAGCUAAAAACCGUGAUCUUAAAAAUCCUACAGCAGGAAAUACAAACCUGAUUCUCUCAGAAGCGAAAGAUUUACAAAUGGCGGUCCUGAAAAGAAUAGAAAUAGAUUCGAGAAGAGAUUUGGAUGAAGAGAAGAAGCAAUUAUCAUCAAUUCUCUGUUUGUUGGCGAAAGAGAAGUCUGCUAGGGAGCCUGCGGUCGCGGCUAAUCUAUAUUCGGUAGCGUUGAUGCAUUUGCCGAGAGAUCCGAACACUCUGUUGGCAUUGGCUAAGUUAUACGCACAGAUGAACAAUCCUGAAAAAUGUGAACAGACUUGUGCUGUGCUGUUAAACACAGACCCUAAUAAUGAAUCAGCAGCUGUUAUGAUGGCGGAUUUGGCUUUUCGUAAGGUUGAUUUAGAAACAGCUCAACGUCACCUAGAACAGAUCCUGUCAGUGAAGCCAACGAGCUGGGAGGCGCUUGCUCAACUUAUAGAGGUCCAGUGGAGACGGGGGAAGUUGGAUGAAGUAGAACCGGCGAUGGAAGCGGCUAAGAACUCGUUGGGAAACCGAGAUGAUCCUGGCUACUCGUACUGCGCGGGCGUGCAGGCGUCGCUGGGGGGGCGCGCGAACGCGGCGCUGCGCCAGCUGAACGCGGCGCGGCGCGCGGCGCGCUGGGGACACGCGGCCGCGAGACGCAUGGCGCUGCUGUGUCUGGCGCAGCCCGCGCCCGCCGCGCCCGCCGACGACUCGGAUACUCGUCUCCUCGCUCUGAGAACUGCAGAGAAGUUACUAUCCGAGGUGGCGCCCGCAGAGCGUAAAGCGUUACAGGCGCUCCUGCAACUGGCCACCAAACAGAAAUCGCAGGCCGAACGAGUGUUGCAGGAAAUCUUGCCGCUAGCAACUGAAGACGUAUACCAAGAUGACCCGUACCUCAUUCUAGCUAUCGCUAAUGCGUACAAUAUUCUGAAACAACCAACUCGAGCAAAAAACAUUCUGAAAAGAACUAUAUCAUCUAUCCCAUGGACGCCGGAAAAGGCGGAUGGUUUGGAGAGAUGCUGGUUAGAAGUUGCCGAUAAUCAAAUAAGUUCAGGUCGGACCGAUGCUGCUAAAGAGAUUCUAACAAAAAUUAUAAAUCACAACAAUUCCUGUGCAACCGCUUAUCAAUAUUUGGGUUCAUUAGCAGAAAAGGAACAAAACUAUAAAAUAGCAGCAUAUAACUACGACAAAGCUUGGGUGUAUUCAGGCAAAAGUGAUUUAACAGUUGGUUACAAAUUGGCCUAUUCAUACUUGAAAUUAAAGAAAUACCCCGAAUGUAUUGUCGUUUGCAGACAAAUUUUAAAGAUUCAUCCAGACUAUCCGAAAAUAAAGAAAGAGAUUCUGGAAAAGGCUAAGACAAAUUUGAGGACUUAAUUUUUUUAUUUCCUAUCUGAAAUGGUAAUAUCGUUUUCAAAUAAACACUACGAAUGUCAUUUCAAAAAACGUUCAAUUUUGCAAAAAUAAAUGUGAGAAAAUAAAGGCGCAGUUUUUUUUUAAAUGGAGUUUGGCUUAAUACGAGUAAAGAUACUUGUUUUUAUGUUUACAAAACGCGGUUGUUAACGUCUUAUUGUAAUUCAUUCUUAUUGUUGUAUGUUAUGACAGAUUAAAAUAUUGUUCCGUGAUAAUAUAAAUAUUGUUUAAAAACCCUAGCAAUUUAUUUGUAAGUAUAAUUACACAUACCAGUUUUUUUUUAA